GGGAGGAAGUGCAGGCUUUGCAGGUUCAGAGGGACUCUCUCUCUUUCACUCCACCAGACCUUGUUUGAUAUUUUCCCUCCCUCCCGUCCAUAUCUUCAAAAAAACCCUGCUUGGAUAACCAUGGCACAGUUCAGUUAUAGCACCCGCUCAGCAGCUGCCCCAGGGGGUUUUAGCCAGGUCCGAGUCAGCUCUGUUUCUUCCUCUCGUGGCGUUGGAGGGGGCUCCAGCUUUAGGAAACCCGGUGGCUUUGGCAGUUCCAGCCUCUACAGUCUUGGAUCCAGCAAGAAGAUUUCCACUGGUGGUGGAGGAAGCUUCUAUGGUGGCUUCUCCUCAAAUGCUCGCCUGGGGGGUGGUUAUGGAGGAGGUUUCGGUGGUGGGCUUCCAUCUCCAGGGAUUCAAGAGGUCACCAUCAACCAGAGCCUCUUGUCCCCCCUCAACCUGGAAAUUGACCCAACCAUACAGAAGGUACGCAAAGAGGAGAAGGAGCAGAUCAAGACCCUCAACAACAAGUUUGCAUCAUUCAUCGACAAGGUCCGAUUCCUGGAGCAGCAAAACAAGAUGCUGGAGACCAAAUGGAGCCUCAUGCAAGAUCAGAAGACCACCCGGAGCAACGUCCCCUCCCUCUUUGAAGCCUACAUCAGCAACCUGCGGAGGCAGCUCGACACCCUGAUGAAUGACAAGGGACGCCUGGAGGGAGAGCUGAAAAACAUGCAGGAUCUUGUAGAGGAUUUCAAGAACAAAUAUGAAGAUGAAAUCAACAGGCGCACAAGUGCAGAGAAUGAAUUUGUGAUACUCAAGAAGGAUGUUGAUGCUUCCUACAUGAACAGAGUGGAACUGGAGGGCAAGGUGGAUGCGCUGACUGAUGAAAUAAACUUCCUGAGGACUCUCUAUGAAACAGAGCUGCGUGAGCUACAGACACAAAUCUCUGACACUUCUGUGGUCCUUCAAAUGGACAACAACCGAAACUUGGACUUGGACAGCAUCAUUGCUGAGGUCAAAGCUCAGUAUGAGGAAAUCGCCAACAAGAGCAGGCUUGAGGCAGAAUCCUGGUACCAAAGCAAGUUUGAGGCCCUGCAAGCCAGCGCUGGGAAGCACGGAGACGACCUGCGUAGCUCCAAAGCUGAAAUUGCUGAAACUAACCGUGCCAUCCAGAGGUUGCAGGCUGAGAUUGAUAGCAUGAAAAAUCAGCGUGCCAAGCUGGAAGCAGCCAUUACUGAGGCAGAGGAACGUGGGGAAAUGGCUGUCAAAGAUGCCAAGGCGAAGCUGGAGGAGCUGGAAGCUGCCCUCAACAAAGCCAAGCAAGACAUGGCCCACCAGCUGAGAGAGUACCAGGAGCUGAUGAAUGUCAAGCUGGCCCUGGAUAUUGAGAUCGCCACCUACAGGAAGCUGCUGGAAGGAGAGGAGAGCCGGCUGUCUGGAGACGGAGUUGGUUCUGUGAACAUCUCUGUGGUCAACUCCAGCGCUGGUGGUGGUUAUGGCUAUGGAGGAGGGCUCAGCUUGGGAAGUGGAAUGGGCAGCGGAGGCCUCAGCUUUUCUCCUGGUGGUGGUUCCGGCAGCACAAAAACGUACAGUAUGACGACCAGCACAACUAGGCGGAGCAUCAGAAACUAAGCUCUGAAAACCAUGGUCAUCACUGCCUGAGCAGAAGAAACGGCAUCUCCACUCCCUUCCCCUUUCCCCACAACAAAGAAAGGGAAAAAAAUCUAUUCAUGGUCUCCCCAAAGCCACUGGCUGUAAAAUUCAUCUAGUCAUAUAUUCUGCAGACACAUAGUUCUCCAGCUGAGGGCCAAGCUACACAUGACGAAUGACACUUGAACGGCAAGUGUAUUUCUCCCUGUUCACUUGCCCUCCACUCAAUCCACUUGCCGUUCAAGUGUCAUUCGUCAUGUGUAGCUUGGCCCUCAGACAGCUGUGCUGUUGAUUUCAUGCACAGCAGGCCCGAACCCCUAAAAGUGGAAUACAAACCUACAAAGAUUAGUUUCACGUGAGUUGUUUUAGUUCCGAAAUUGGUUUUUCCCGCCACUUUUCCCUGAAGGGAAAUGAAAUGUGAAAGUCCCAAACACAAAAUUAGAACUAUUGGCUUGGAUCCGGUAGAAAAGUUCCACUGAUGGAAGGGAUUUCUGUCAGCAGAGAAUGAUUUCUUCGCCUCCCUCCACUGCUGCAGCCCUAAAUGGCCCCCGAAAAGCUGAGCUUGGAGGACGGGACCCCCAUGAACAGAAUGAAGGGGGAGUUGGAGGUUUGCAGUAGUAGCAGUAAUAGUAGUAGUAGGGAAAUGGGUGGAAAACACUGUCCUUCGCAUCAACAGCAGUUUUCUUCCAGAUCCAACCUCUUUUCCCCCCUUUGUUUUGCAAAAUUAUAUUCUAUUUUGCAAUAUCCUCCCCCCCAUCUAUUCUACCUUCCAGUCACAAAAAUAAGAUUAACAACAACAUUAAUUGGUCAGACACUGAUGUUCUGAGCAGGGCCUUCUCUAGAGAAGGACUGAUUUCUUUAUUUCCCUCCUCUCUUGUUAUUCCAUGGUGACACCUGGGGUUCCAUACCAGUCUCCUGUUUUCUGUCAAGGGAGAAGAAUUUUGCAAUAUUGAGAACAGAUUUUGUGCAGGAAAAUACGCUUUUUGGCAUAUCAUGAAUAUACAAACCAUUAGUUUCCUUGCAAUGAAAAUAUUUUAUAUUUGUUGCUUUUGCAAAACAAUGCCCCAACAUUCCAGCACACUAUGGUAAAAUACACAUCAAAGCAGCACUCCUUCAUAAAAAUUUAACCACUUUUCUGCCAAAUAUUGUUUAGUACUUCUAUUCUAUCUGCAAUUGCUGUGCGGCCUAAGGAUAAUGAAAACAAUUCCCUUCAAAACCAACAAUUUUAUGCCCACAGUAUUUUUUUAUUUUAUAUUUUUAAAAUGUUUUCCCCAGUUCUCAUUCCCCCCCUUCAUUCUACAAGAAUGGGAAACGCAGCGACAAGAAAAUAAAUAGGCCUCUUAAAAAAAGAAAAGGAAAAAUGUGUUUUAUGACUAAAAAGCUGUUCAUUUUGAAGGGCUGUUUGUUCGUGCUUGGCUACUUGAGAGUGCUGCUGUAGUACUGUAUACAAGUUUUAUUUUAAAAAAAAUUAAGCAUAUUUUCCCACACAAAACCUACAAUUUUUGACAAGGUUUAUCAUGUUUUCAUUGCUGUGUUAAGAGAGCGGAUGCGUUUUUAUAUAGAGCAAAAAUAUAAAAUCUGUAUGGCUGGGGUUCCCCCCUCCCCCAUCACAAAGGUGUUAACUUGAAAGGAAUUUGAUUCUAUGUUAAGGGUUAUUUUUACAUAGUUUUUCUCUCCAACAGAAAAAAAAAAGCAAUACGACCAAACCUUUCUAAAGCAACUGCUUUGGUUAAUUUUUUUUAAAAAAAAUAUUUUUGAGGUUCCAUUUUGGAAACAAAACUCCAGGGGGGGGAACCCCCCUUAGAUUUAAGUAGCAUGAGUUUGGUUCUGACAAACAGUUCUAGUAACAUACAACCACCAUCAAAUCCAGGUGGAAAUUCAGCCAAGGAGGAUUUUGUAGACAGCCCUACAGUCUCUUCCAGACUGAGGGCCAAGCUACACAUGACGAAUUACACUUGAACGGCAAGUGGAUUGAGUGGAGGGCAAGUGAACAGGGAGAAAUACACUUGCCGUUCAAGUGUCAUUCGUCAUGUGUAGCUUGGGCCUGAGUAAGCCCAUUGAAAGAUCUCCCAGCCUGCGUAGAAUCAGUAUGAAUGAGUUUACCUGAUGAUGUCACAUGGUCCACAUUGCAGCAGCAUGCGCUUCUGCCUUGUCAUAUCGUAAUGAAUGUAGGUCCUUGGAUCUUUGAGAUGCGAGUGACCAUUAAAUGUCUUUUAAUAAAGCUUGCCUGUGGUGCCCA